AGAGUGAGAGACAGAGGUAAGAUAGAGAGUCCGGUUCAACAGAUUGGACCCUAUUCCCACGCUAACUCACUUUUGCACUCAUAACUGAAACUCAAACGCUAACCAUUACACAAAUUUCACAGCUCAAACAAACACCAAACAUUACCAAUUCCAGCUCCAAUUCCGCUUCUUUUCAUCCCACUCCGGUACCAUUCUUCACAUUUCAAGCUUUUUCUUCUCUAUUUUUACCUCACUCAACAACAAAAACCCAGUUUUCAUUCAUCUUUUCUGGGCCAUUUUUAACCUUAAAGGUGUUUUCUUGGUGUUGAAUUCUUGGUGGGUUGGUCAGAUUGGUUAGUGGGUUAAGGUUUGUUUGUGUUUUUUUGAUCUUUGGUCAUUAUUUUGGAAUUGGGUUUCUCUCAUUCUUGGCAAUGUGGUGAGAAAAUAUAUGAUUCUAAUGGUAGAGUUUUGGUGCUUUGAUUCAUAGACUCUGUAUAAAGUUGAUGUCUUUUUCUUGGAAAAUUUGUAGACAAUGUGAUUGAGACAUUGAUGAUUAUGACCCAUGUAAGAUUUUCUUGAACUUCUGGUUUUUAAGAUCUUUAUUAUGGAGUUUCAAUAUGAAUAUGCAUAAUCUUUGUUAGGAGAUUUUGCCUUAUUUUGGUUUGGAUUAGUUUGGCAAUGGCUGAGAAACAUGGUUCAUCGUCACUUGGUGUUAUUUCUAGGAAAUUCUUGAUUUGCUUGUUCACCUUUGUAUUAGCCUUGUUUAUAUUAUCUUGGUUCUUUGUGUUGCGUUCCACGAGUCGUCGGAACUUUAUUGAUCACGGUUUGUUACCUGUUCCUCUUCAUUCUGUAAUUGACAAUGGUAGUAGUACCCAAUCUUUGAUUGACAAUAGCAUUAUACCUGCGUCGGGAACUCGAGUACGAGUUCCCCUUGAGGAUAUUAGAGAAGACGAAACACCCGAAGAGAAUGUUGACACGAAGGAUGUGAAAUGCAAUACCCGUAAUGAGAAUAGGAAAGAUCCUCUUAAGGUUUUCAUGUAUGAUUUGCCAUCUGAGUUUCAUUUUGAACUCUUAGAUUGGAAAUCUAAGGGGGAUAAUGUUUGGCCUGAUCUUAGAACUAAAAUUCCCGGAUAUCCCGGUGGGUUAAAUUUGCAGCAUAGUAUAGAAUAUUGGCUUACUUUGGAUCUUCUUGCUUCGGAAAUUCCUGCUAUUCCUAGAGCUGGUAGUGCUAUAAGAGUUCGAAACUCUAGCGAAGCUGAUGUUAUUUUUGUACCAUUCUUUUCGUCAUUAAGCUAUAACCGGUUUUCUAAGGUAAAUCCGCAUGAAAAGAAGAGCAAGAACAAAGUGUUGCAAGAGAAGCUGGUGAGAUAUGUGACAUCACAAAGGGAAUGGAAGAGGUCUAAGGGCAGAGACCAUGUCAUUAUGGCUCAUCAUCCGAAUAGCAUGUUAGAUGCAAGGAUGAAGUUAUGGCCAGCAUUAUUCAUACUUUCAGACUUCGGGAGGUAUCCUCCUAAUGUAGCAAAUGUUGACAAAGAUGUAAUUGCACCAUACAAACAUGUAAUUAAAAGCUACGUCGAUGACUCAUCUACCUUUGACAGCCGCCCUACAUUGCUCUACUUCCAAGGAGCGAUAUACAGAAAAGAUGGUGGCUAUGCUCGGCAAGAACUAUUUUACCUUCUAAAAGACGAAAAAGAUGUGCAUUUUCAGUUCGGGAGUGUUCAAAAAGAUGGAAUCAGCAAAGCUUCGCAGGGCAUGCACACCUCGAAAUUUUGCCUCAACAUUGCAGGCGACACUCCCUCUUCAAAUCGACUAUUCGAUGCCAUUGCCAGCCAUUGUGUUCCUGUCAUCAUCAGUGACGACAUUGAGCUUCCUUACGAGGACAUUCUUGACUACUCUCAGUUCUGCAUAUUUGUUCGUACCUCCGACGCUAUCAAAGAAAAAUUCCUCAUAAAAUUAAUGAGGGGCAUCGGGAAGGACGAAUGGACUCAAAUGUGGCGUAAACUAAAAGAGGUGGAACAGCUCUUCGAGUUCCGAUACCCUUCGAAGGAAGGUGAUGCUGUUCAAAUGAUAUGGCAGGCUGUGGCCAGAAAGGUCCCUGCAAUCAGAAUGAAGAUCAACAGGUCGAUGAGAUUUGCGCGGUCUAUUAGCCGGAACAAUCGAGACUUGAGAAAAAUAAGUGCACCCAGUAAUUUUUGGUGAAAUUAACAUUCUUUAUUGGCUAAUGAUCUGAGUCAUGACUCAUGAGAAAUACUGCUGGGGGAAAGGUGAGAGUUGUAAAGCAUUCUCUUAGGUGAGAAUUGCAUAUUUUUCUCACUGCAGAUUUUUGAUAUUAUUGUAAAAAGGGUAACAUGUAUUAUUUUCAGACACAGUUUCAUGUAAUUUAGCUUCCAUUUAUACAGAAAAGAUGACAUUCAGUAA